GACACAAAAUGAAUAAUAUUGAUAAGAGUGUAACGGAUGUGAAACGGCUAGCUUGGGCUGGUCUAAAGUUAUACUGUUACAAGAGCUUUUAAAUCAUUUUAGCUCUGGAGUUUCUCCUGAUUUGUUUUAAUAGGUUUUACUUUGUAAUGGUGUCAGAUGUUAUUGGUCAUUUUAUAUUUUAUAUUAUGUUAUACCAUAUUGUUCAGUGUCAUAAUAUUGCUUGUUUAAUUAUCAAAUUAUGAAUUAUUACCUAUUUUAGAUACCUUACAUGUUGCAUUUUUUUUUACAUUGAAUACAGUACAAGUAUCAUGUUGUAAAUAAGCUCAGUUAGACAAUAAAUAGACAACAAAUAAAUCAAUGAUGUUUCUUGUAUUUCUGCCUAUGGUACACAUGAUGGCGCCAUUGAGCAACAUAAUGCAUGAGUGGCUAGCCUAUAGGCCAGCCAGGGAUACUCCAUUACUGUCAGGAGAUAAACUGUAAUAGAUCAACAAUCAGCACUGUUCAUCAACAAACACACACACGAACAUGCAUGCACGCACACACACACACGUAAACACACACUGAGUCUGGAACUUGCCCGAGUCUUUCCCGGUAGUUCAGAUGUUGUAUGGGUGUGUGUGUGUGUGUUAAUAUGUGUGUGUGCGUGUGUGUGUGGUAUGGGUAUGUUGCGCCCUAGACUAUUGCAGGAGUACUCUAGUGUAAGUGGUCCAACAGAUUUGCUAGGUGGUAAAGAUCUGGAUGGACUAUUUCUACUUUGAUCUCAUUUCUUGUAUUUCUUUGGUUCUCUGGGAAUAUGGUUUAUACUGCUACUGGUGUCUGGAGCUCUACCCCUCUGCCCUAUCAGACGCUCAGAAGUCCAUCCAGCUCAACCCUGAUUGGCCAAAGGGAUACUUCCUCAAGGGUAGUGCACUGAAGGGGUUGAAGUUUUCCUUAAGUGGCCUUCUGAAUAGGAAUGGACCAGGGUUUUAGGCUGCGUGUUGCUACUGAUGUCCACCUGACAGCACAGUAGAGAUCACAAUGUCCAGGGGGUGGAGCUGGAGAACACCAGGCUGGUAAUCAGGUACCCAGACCACUGGAUGCAGAGAACACCUCCCUCUCCUCAGAGGACCAACCCCAUAGGCCUCAACACCUCCUCCGCCUCCAAGUACGCCUUCACAGGGACCAGGAGGAUGGCUCCCAUCAAUGGUAACGAGUGUUUCUUCUGGAGGACCACCGGCUGUUUCUAUGGUGACAAGUGUCGCUUCAAACACAAGCCUGACCAGAAAGGAAGAGACAGGAAGGCUCCGGCCUUGGAGCGGGAUGCCGUGCCUGGACCGGGCACCAGCGCAGAGGAAGGCUCCUGCCAUGGAGCAGGACUGGACGCUGUGCCCGGGCUGGUCACUGGCACAGAGGAAGACUCCGGGCUUGGACUCCGGGCCUGGUGGCACGCACUUCAGGGCGAGUGCGAGGAGCAGGCACAGGACGUACCAGACUGGGAAAGCGCACUGGUGGCCUGGUGCAUGGAGCCGGCACAGGUGGCACCACAGGUGGCACCACAGGUGGCACUCCUUGGGUCGACCGAACACCUCUCUAUCUCCUCCCAGGUGGUCUGUGGCUCUCUCCGUUCACGCUUCUCCAAUUUCUCCAUCUUCUCCCAGAUGUGCUCUGGUUCCCUCCUCGGCUCCACCAACUGCCCCGUGUGCCCACCCCCAAAUGUUUUUAGCGCGAACCCCGGCGUCGGCGCUGUCCUCCCUUUUCUCCUUGCGUCUGCCGCCAAAGGCGGCGAUCCUGUAUUUUCACUUUUGGAUGAAAGGCGUGCCCAGAGUAAACUGCCUCCUACUCUUUCCCAGAUGGAAAUAUAUGCAUAUUAUUAUUACUGGUGGACAGAAAACACUCUGCAGUUUCUAAAACUGUUUGAUGUCUGUGAGUAUAACAGAACUCAUAUGGAAGACAAAAACCUGAGAAGAAAUCCAAACAGGAAGUGAGAACUCAAUACAGAAAACAGUGCCAUUGGAUGUCCAUGUUAGAUAUGGAUGAGCAUGCACUUCCUAGAGCUGCCACAAGAUGUCACCGUCUUUACAUUCUGGUUGUAUGAUUCAAGUAUGAAGGAGGGGCUUAUAGCAGCUCUUUUACUGAGUGGUCUGAUAGAAAGCCUCGGUCUCGUUACGCGCCGUCACGAGAGGGUGUACUUGAGUUCCAAUGCGUUUCUUCAGACAAUGAAAUUCUCCGGUUGGAACCUUAUUGCUGAUUAAUGUUUAAAAUAUCCUAAAUAUGGUUUGCAUACAUCAUUUGACGACCUGUACCGGAACUUUUUGAGUUUUUGUCUGGAGGAAUUGCUCGUGCUUUUUGAGGAUGGAAUGAUGGGCUGAACAAGCAAACAACAAGUGGCUAAAUUAUGGGCUUUUUGGAACUUUAUGGAACAAAUCAGUCAUUUAUUGUCGAACUGGGAUUCCUGGAACUGCCUUCUGAUGAAGAUAUUCAAAGACUGCAGGGUGGGAGAUGCAACAAUGGCCUUGAGAACAGCAGGAAGUGUGUUGGUGGUCUUUCUCUGGUCUGUAGCAGGUAUGGUCUUUCUCUGGUCUGUAGCAGGUAUGGUCUUUCUCUGGUCUGUAGCAGGUAUGGUCUCAUUCUUAUCUUUUAGUUGCUUUGUUUAAUAAUCUACAGACAUUUCUAAAAGGAUAUGAAUCAUAAUGUUAAUCUGGUGUGUUCUGUUAGGAGUCUCCACUUCACUUUAAAUAGUUAUCUUUCAAGUGAUAAGUGAUGCGUAUCUGUGAUUUCCAUUCACUCAACUCAACUAUGGCGACAAAGUGGACAAAACAUUUACAGUCAGUCAUUUAGCAGACAAGCCUAUGCAGAGCAACAAAGGUCAAGCGCCACGCCCAAGGGCACUUUGACAAAGUCAAAUCGGGGCCCAGAACCAACGACCUUUCGGCCACCGGCCCAAGCUCCUAACUGCCAACAAAGAUUCCCCCCCCCCACAGUUCCCAGAGAGCUGCCCCUCAACCAUCCUCACUCAAAACAUGCAUUGGACGUAACAGCGUUGCCCCUCAGUGUCAUUCAAAAAUGUUUUGUUUAUUUUGACUGAAUUUUCUACUUUUGUCUUUGACCGUCAUUCUAUCC